AUGGCAGCAUCAACACAUGAUCAGGAUGUCUUCAGUUUCUACCCAGAUGACCGAUUUUGCAAUGGAUUUGAAGAAGUGUUGGGUCGUUAUAGGGAAAUUGUUCCUAAUAUUCGACUUGCAGGUCCUACCUCAUUUGCACCAAUCAUUGAAAUGGCCAUGACAAUCGUUGAGCAGAGUGGAGGCCAGUACCAUGUUUUGGUGAUAGUUGCAGAUGGUCAGGUAACAAGAAGUAUUGACACUGAACGUGGAAGGCUGAGUCCACAGGAGCAGAAGACUGUGGAUGCUAUUGUUGAGGCCAGUAAAUUUCCUCUUUCAAUCAUAUUGGUUGGAGUUGGAGAUGGUCCUUGGGACAUGAUGAAGGAGUUUGAUGACAAUAUCCCAUCUAGGGCCUUCGAUAAUUUUCAGUUUGUGAAUUUCACAGAAAUUAUGUCAAAGAACAUUCCUCCUUCACGUAAAGAGGCAGCAUUUGCUCUUGCAGCACUGAUGGAAAUUCCUUCUCAGUAUAAGGCAGCAAUAGAGCUUAAUCUCUUAGGUCGUCGAAACCCCAAUGCUCCUCAGAGAGUUGCCCUCCCGACACCAACGUAUGGUUCGGCAUCUAUGGGCACUUCAAAACCCUAUGGUUCAGCAGCAUCUUUUGGUGCUUCAAAACCUCAUGAAUCAACAGCAUCUUUUGACACCUCAAAACCAUAUGGUUCAGCAUCUUUUGCCAGUUCAAAACCUUCUCAUCCUACUAGCUUUGAGUCGAGUGCCCCUUCUUAUUAUGACAACAGCGACUUAGUUGGCACAGCUCCUCCUGCCCCAAGUUCCACAUAUGACAGUCAGCUUUGCCCCAUAUGUCUGACCAAUUCGAAAGACAUGGCCUUUGGAUGUGGGCAUCAGACAUGUUGCGAGUGUGGACCAGGUCUUCAGACGUGUCCUAUCUGUAGGAGCCCCAUUACUACCAGAAUUAAGCUUUACUAG